GAUGUCGCCGUGUGUUUCCGGUGUUUCCUGGGCUGCUUGUCUUCGGAGCCGCUCGGGGCGGCUCGGCUCCGCUCGGUUUAUUUUCCUCCAGCCCUCCACCGGAGCGGAGUGAUGAGAACCGGACCCGCCGCUGUGCUGUCGGACAGGCGGGAACCACAGCGGACCGGGAGCACCCACCGGGAGCACCGACCGGGACCACCGACCGGGACCACCGACCGGGACAUCCCCGUUAUUCUGCGGCGGUUUCAGAGCUGAGAGGCCAGGGAGAGAUACCGAGCGGCUCGUUGCGGUGGAGCCGGGCUGUGGUGCACUGCCGGCGGCUGCGGCUCCAGGCUGCACCCCGCUGGACGGCGAAGGACUGAGGAGACAUGUACCAGGUCCAGGGGAAAGGGCAAAGGGUCGUUGCCAUGGUGCUGAAGGAGCUUCCUGCUAAAAAGGCAUCCUCAGAAGGAAACCCCCUCCUCACCGUGACAACCAAGCUGGUCCGGGAGCAGCAGGAGAGUCGACCCCUGCUGAGUCCCUCCAUCGAUGACUUCCUGUCAGAGAGCCGGAGCGACGCCCCCCCCAUCCGACCUCUCACCUCCAACACAGCAGUUCUGUCCACAGCUCUGGACCUGGUGGACCUCAGUGAGCCGGGGGACGACGGCGGCGGCGGCGGCGUGAGUAGUGGUGGUGGUGGUAGCAGCGGCAGCGGCGGCGUGAGUAGUGGUGGCGGCGGCGGCGGCGGCGUGAGUAGUGGUGGCGGCGGCGGCAGUAACAAGGACCAGAGGAGGAGUCCUCUGAGGAGGAAGGGCAGCUCGAGGAGCCCUCGGCGCCGGACGAGACCUGAUGAGACGGAGCUGAUCCAGGUGGAGGUGGAACACCUGCCGGACAGCCCCAGAACACCUGAGAGGAUCUCUCUGGACUCAGUCAGUCUGUCCUCUCCUCUGGACAAAUGGGACGAGGUGAACCUGGACGUGGAGGACGGAGGACGCAGGAGGAGACACGAGAAGAGAUGCACCUCCCACCACUCCUCCAGUGAACUGCUUUGGUCUGCAGAGUUUAAAACGGAUCCUCUAACCAAGAACUCCUUCGACAUCCACAGCUUCGAUGACCUCGACUUCAUAUCUUCAACACAGGACAGCGCGGCGUCCCGACAGCGCCGACGGACUCGUUCCCUUCUGGCCAGAAACGAGUCUCUGGAGGACGAGUUUGUCAGAGCGAAGGCUGCUGUGGAGUCGGACACAGAGUUCUGGGAUAAGAUGCAGGCGGAGUGGGAGGAGCUGGCUCGGAGGAACUGGCUGGAGGAGUCUGAGGGUCAGGGGUCGGUCCAGCCCUCCGUCUCACCUGUAGAGAAGGUCUACUUCUUCAACACCAACAACCCGUACCGGGACUGGCCCAGCGCCUUCGCCGAGGGUCAGGAGAAAGCUCGGGAGGGAGACCUGAACGCCGCCGUCCUGCUGCUGGAGGCCGCCAUCCUGCAGGACCCGCAGGACUCUGAGGCGUGGCAGGUGUUAGGGACGACUCAGGCUGAGAACGAGAACGAACAGGCCGCCAUCGUGUCCCUGCAGAGGUGUCUGGAGCUCCGCCCCAACAACCUGCCGGCUCUCAUGGCGCUCGCUGUCAGCUUCACCAACAGCGGCGUGCAGCGGGAGGCCUGCGACGCUCUGCGACGCUGGAUCAGCCACAACCCCCGAUACAAACACCUGGUCCUGGACCGCAGGAGCCCGCUACGGGGCUCCCCGGCCACGCCUCGCAGGGGCCCCCACACCUCCACGCCGGCCAGGUCUGAGCUGCAGGACGUCCUGCUUCUCUUCCAGGAUGCGGCUCUGUUGAAUCUGGACUGUGUGGAUCCAGACCUGCAGACUGGACUCGGGGUCCUCUUCAACCUCGGCUCUGACUUCAACAGAGCUGUGGAGGCUUUCACUGCAGCGCUGUCCGUCAGACCACAGGACUACCUGCUGUGGAACCGUCUGGGUGCAACGCUGGCGAACGGAGACCGCAGUGAGGAGGCGGUGGAGGCGUACACCAGAGCUCUGGAGCUGCAGCCCGGAUUCAUCCGGUCCAGAUACAACCUGGGGAUCAGCUGCAUCAACCUGGGAGCUCACAGGGAGGCGGUCAGUAACUUCCUGACGGCAUUGAACCAGCAGAGGCAGAGUCAGCGCUGUAGCCAUCAGCAGAUGUCGGCUAACAUCUGGGCCGCCCUGCGAAUCGCCAUCUCCAUGAUGGACCAACCCGAGCUGGUCCAGGCUGCCAGCGUCGGGGACCUGGACCUGCUGAUGAGGGCCUUCGACGUGGGCGACGUCUGACGGUGGACUGACGGUGUCGGGGGUCGUUCAGAGGACGUGUUGUCUCCUAGAAACAGUGGACCGGAGGUGGAGACGCUGGAUGAGGACAGUUUGGUUUGAAACCAAAGAGACGACGACGACAGCUGCAGGAAAAUCCUUUGCAAUAUAACAGCACAACCCUUUAGCUUCCUGUACGAACACCGUUUAUAACUGUUGCCUCGCCGCCGACGGAGAGACGAUCAGCUUUAAUAAUGAUAUCAUAAUAACUGUCCAGAAUAUGAGUUUAUCAAGUGUUCAUUUAAAGAGCAGGCUGGCUGCACUGAACGUUUUACAUCACUGCACCACGCUGCGUUAGAGGUCAACACGCUGCGUUAGAGGUCAACACGCUGUGUUAGAGGUCAACACGCUGCGUUAGAGGUCAACACGCUGCGUUAGAGGUCAACACGCUGUGUUAGAGGUCAACACGCUGUGUUAGAGGUCAACACGCUGCGUUAGAGGUCGACCUCUGAUUUAGAGGUCAACCUCUGAUUUCAACACAUCAACAGCUCUUUGUUCUCUCUUUUACAUGUGAUCAUAUUUGAGUAUGAAGCCUCUGUUCAGGCCCUGAACACAGCUCCGUCUACACGUAUACACAUAUCUAAAAUAAACUAAUACAAAUAAUCUGUCUACACUCACACGCUAAAA